AUGUGUUUCUAUGUAGAUCUGAGGAUCGUGUUACUGGGUAAAACUGGAUCAGGAAAGAGUGCAACAGGAAACACUAUACUGUGCAGAGAUGUGUUUCUAGAAUCCAAUAGUACUGUGUCUGCCACUAAACUUUGUGAAAUACAAGAAACUGAAGUGGAGAAAAGAGUUAUUUCAGUGGUCGACACUCCAGGACUGUUUGAUACAUCAAUGAGUAAAGAGGAGCUGAAGUCUGAGAUUAAGAAAUGUGUCUUCAUGUCUGCUCCUGGUCCUCAUGUGUUUCUGCUGGUCAUCAGACUGGAUGUGAGAUUCACUGAGGAGGAGAGAAAUGCAGUGACGUGGAUCCAAGAGAACUUUGGAGAAAAUGCCAUGCAGCACACAAUGAUUCUGUUCACUCAUAUAGAUCCAAAAGUUAAGCCAAUAGCGCAACAUAUAGAAGAAAAUGAACAUCUAAAACAACUGGUUAAUGAAUGCCAGGGUAGAUAUCAUAUUUUUAAUAACAAUGAUAACAUGAAUCAGGCACAGGUUUCUGAAGUGUUAGUGAAGAUAGACGAACUGGUGAAGCAAAACAGAGGAGGCUAUUACACGAAUGUCAUGUAUGAGGAAGCUCAGAGAAUAUUGACAGAAGAAAUGGAGAGGGUCAAACAGAUCCUUGAGAAAUAUGUGAAACCAACAGAGAAGAAAAUGCAAAAUAAUAUGAAACAGAUGGAAGAGAACAUGAAACAAAUGCAAGAGAACAUGAAACAAACGCAAGAGAACAUGAAACAAAUGCAAGAGAACAUGAAACAAUC